GGACAAAUGUGUAACUUGAUUCAUAAAAAGUCAAACUGGACAAUAAUUUUGUGACAAAAUUUUUUGGGCAAAAUGGAGUAGCUAAUAAUAACUUCAAAUGUGCACGAUUGGGUAGAAGUUGUGCCUAUGUGUCUUCCCCAUUCACCAUAAGUAUAUUUGCAUAUGUGGACCUCUAGCAUACAACGAAUCAGCAGCAUUUGUUACUUGAUCUACUAGCCUAUAAAACAAAACCAAUACAGUUGAUAUCUGAAAAUACACUACAGAUUCUAUUAAGAAAUCAAUCAGAUCGGCCAUGGCUUCCAGUUCUUCAUCUGCGAGCUUCUUGCUAUUCUUUUUAUUCACUUCUUCAAUCUUGCUUCAAUUUUCUUUCCCUGUGAUCAAAGCCCAGAAUUACCCACCAUUAGCAGAUGGGCUUUCAUGGGAUUUCUACAAAGAAAGUUGCUCAGAUUUGGAAUCCUACAUCAGGGAUCACCUCAAGAAGGUGUUCCAACAAGAUACCAAAGUAGCUCCUAGCUUGCUUCACCUCCAAUUUCAAGACUGUUUUGGCCAGGGUGGUUGUCAAGGAAAGGUUCUACUGGAUAAAUCAAGAAGUGGAACUGCCACAUUCCAAAUUAUCGAAGAUCUUCGAGAGAUUGUGCAUAGCAAAUGCGGUAGAAUUGUCUCCUGUGCUGAUAUUGUCACUUUAGCUGCUCGGGAGUCUGUCUAUUUGUCUGGUGGCCCUCAGUAUUCAGUCCCAUUGGGAAGAAAAGAUGCAGUUCCAUCGAAAACGAUGGACAAUCUCAGCUUUUCUGCAACAAAGCAUGGGACAUCUCCAAAACUCCAUGCAGCAAUCACCAAUGCAGAUACCCUCUUGGAACAAUUCGGCGAAAAGGAUUUGGAUGCUGUCGAUGCUGUUUCUCUCUUGGGUGGUCACACAUUCGGGCGCAGUCACUGCAACUCCUUCACUGAUAGGCUAUACCCAACUCAAGACCCGCUCCUGGAAAACUCGUAUGCAAACCACCUUAAGAAGAUCUGCACCACCUCGAAUGCAGCUAACCUCAGCGUGCUGGAUGUGAGGACGCCUAACAUAUUCGAUAACAAGUACUACGUUAAUCUGUUGAGGCAUCAGGGGUUGUUGGCAAUCGAUCAGGAUUUGUACACUGAUCGGAGGACUAAGCCAAUUGUCACUGGGUUUGCGUAUGAUGUGAACUUGUUUUUCGAUAGCUUUGUACAUGCAGUUGUGAAGUUGAGCCAGAUGAAUGUUCUAACUGGUUCUCAAGGGGUGAUUCGAGCAAACUGCUUGGCUGCAGAUUUGGGUAGUAGCUUGAAGCGGUCAUCUUUGGUGGCUGACAACUGAAGUAUAAAGACCUAUUGAAAUGCAGGUCGCAUAUAAACAUCUGGCGAAGCUAUGAGCCUAUAAUCAUCAAAGCAGCAAGUGCCAAUGACAAAACUUUAAGCCUCAAAUCACUGCCAUUAUUAAGGCAGUUGGUUGUACACUUCCACUCUCAUAAGAUAAAGGAGUUGCGGAUUGUGGUAGUGUAUUCAAUUAGUUGUCCAUUUCUUCAUCUUGUAAAUACCAUAUGUAUGUUGUUUAUCAAGUAAUAAUAGCAACUAAAAUAGUAUGAUUACUACAACAAAGGAUUUGUGUACCAUGGAUCUACUACGUCUAAACCAAGUUUGAACUUAAACUUACUACUGAAGCUAUCACAUUCAACGAAACAUCAAAAAAGCCCCAAGUUCCUGUCAAACAAUGAAAUGCAGCAAAGUUUGAAACUAACAGCAAUCUCCUAAAUUCCAUUUCCUAUUUCAUAGUAUCUUUUAGGGCAGAUAGCCACUUUGCAGAUUGAUAAAUAGCAGCAAAACCAGAAAGAAUAAAGCAACAAGGAGCACAAUUUGUACGACUUAAAAACUCCGCAGGAUAGACAUUAAAUAUAGUACUGUAAACAGAGGUUCCCAGCACAAAUCUGAACUAAAAAAGCACCAUAAAUCAGCAAGGAUUACAAGCAAGCGAUCUAACAGCGACAAUAUCCAGAAUAAUAAGGACUAAGCUCUCAGUUUUUGUCCUUGUUGCUUUCCAGCUCCUUCCUUAGCUGCAGUGAGAAGUCAUCAUUCACAUCAUCAUCAUCCCAAUCAUCCUCCCACUGCUGAGUUACUUCUUUGCCUUCCUCUUUAGCCUCCCACUCUUGAUCAAUCUCAAACUCCUCAAACUCGUCAUCGUCUUCAAAAAGAUCAAUCUUUGCAUCCUCAGUAGCCACCUUUGGUUGCUCAGCUGCCAUUAUAACUGGAGAGAAAAAAAACAAAACAAAACAAUAGCUAUAAAAUGUGAGAUGCCUCGAUUCUAAAUCACCUAAACCCCUAAUUGCAUCUUGUUAUAUAACUUUCUAAAGGGAACCUAAACUUGCAAUCGAUUCAAAUCUCCUAAACCCCUUCUUGUUAUAACAUUCUAUUGACAAUCAAAAUUAGCAAUUGUAUGGAAAAACCAUCCAAGAAAAACUGAAGUAAAUCAAGAACCCUAAACUUCUAAGCUUUCAAUUCGUCCAUAGAUUCUAAAACAACAGCAGAUCAUCCAACAACUGAAUUCAACUGCUACAUACUUAGUUUAUUUUGUACAGAAACAUCCUAAUUGAAAGACCAAUCCAACAAAGAACAGCAAUCUCAAUUUCCCACAAAAAAAAAAAAAGACGAAUCGCCCAAAACCUAAAAUUAGGAAAUCGCACUGGCAGGAAAAAUUGAGCACUAUGUGAAUCGUGAGCUACCAGGAUAGAAAGAGGGCCUCUGGAUCCGAAAGCGUCGGGUUAAAACCGGUCGGAGCUAGAGAGGAAUCCGGCGCCGGGAGCGAAUAUCCGAUUCGUACGUUUCGUCGGGCAAACAGAGUGACCUUGUUCUGGAAUUUUGGAUAUUUGUAGCUUCGUUUUAUAGGAACUUGAUUAAAUACGUAC